AACAAACAAAUGGUCCUCAGUUCCAGUGAAGGACAUGUGGACUCACAGGGAUAGCAUGGAUUCAGUGGAUUAAAAAGAAAGACAGUGGUGAGCUUUGUAGGAAAUAAAUAGAGGGACAGAGGUUAAAGAGCCUCUAAUAGACCCCACCCUCUCUCUCACACACACACACUCUCUCUUUCUAGUUUUCCAUGCCUCUCACUGAUCAUUUCUAAGCCAGAUUGGCGGCAGCAAAUUUUCUCUGCAGCUCUCCAGAAAAAUGCCACAUGGAUUUACAGAGGAAGGGCUCAGAUUAAGAUUAAACAAAAUAUAUUUCCCAUAAAGACCAGCUGAGAGAUUACACAGAGAGACCAACAGAGACAGGAAGUGACUCUCUGAAGCUCCAGAAGCUGUCUCUCCUCGCUGUAUGUUACCGUGGGUCAGUGCAGUGCAGCCAUGGGAGAGAAUGGCUCAGACGGGGGCUCCUGGUUUGUCCCCUCAUCCAUCCAGCCGCCGUUCCUCUCCCAGCUGUCCCCCUCUGCAGACCUCGCUGUGGCUGCUUUCCUCACCCUCACAGGUCUCACAUCAGUGCUGGGGAAUGGUAUGGUGCUGUUAGUCUACCGUAGGAAAAAAAAGAAGCUCAAACCUCCUGAGCUCAUGACCAUCAACCUGGCUCUCUGCGAUUUUGGCUUCAGCCUCUUGGGUGCGCCAUUUUUCAUCACUUCCAGCCUGUGUCAUGCCUGGGUGUUUGGGGAGACAGGGUGCCUCUGGUACGGCAUUCAGGGCUUUGUGUUUGGCAUCGGCUCUCUGCUCACCACCUGUCUCAUCUCUCUGGACCGUUGCCUAAAGAUCUGCUGCUUAAGAUACGGUCAAUGGAUUGAGCGCCGUCAUGUGUCUCUGUCCAUAGCUCUGGUGUGGGUUUAUACUUUAUUCUGGGCUUCUCUUCCUGCGUUUGGUUUUGGGAGCUAUGGACCAGAACCUUAUGGGACCAGCUGCACCAUUAACUGGUGGAGAGUGAGGCUGUCUCUGAGUGACAGGAUCUAUAUCUUCCUCAUCCUGACGUUAUGCUUUGGAUUUCCCACACUUACCAUCAUCUCCUCAUAUUUGGCCAUCCUGCUGACGGUCCACAGAUCGAAUCGUACCUUAGCAUCUAUACCGUCCUCCUCCAUCAGUCACACCAGCAAAGACCUGAGGCUUGCAAAGAUGGCUGCAGUGGUGUGCAUCAGUUUCCUCCUGGCCUGGAUGCCUUAUGCAACCGUGUCUCUGAUCUCCGCCCUCAUCCCCAGAGAUGACCAGGAGGCAGACAGCACAUUACAGGCUGUGAUAGAGGAGUCCAGCAGCAUGGCCUCAAACUCUCCAAAGAUGCUGGACAUCCCCUCACUGCUCAACUGGACGGCCACAGAAUAUUACAGAUCAAUAUACUACAACUCUGAGGAGAAGUGGGGUCAUGUGGCUGACAUGAAUCCCAACUCAGGCCUGAACGGCACCGCAUUCAGCUCCAUGUUUGGUGAAGAAGCUGAGUCAAGAUCCAGGAGCCCACAGCCAUUCUCCUGUCUGCCACCUGUAGUCACUUUGAUCCCUGCUAUGCUUGCCAAGUCCCACUGCAUGAUCAAUCCUUUAAUUUACCAGGUGAUGAACAGGGAGUUCAGGGAUGAUGUCUAUGUGAUGGUGUUUGGUCAAGAGAAGGCAGAGAAGAGGCGAGUACAGGGGCGGAAGGACAGCUUAUGUGAAAGGAGCAUCAGCCUCUCCUACUGCCAGAGCUGGAGGAGGAAGAGGAGCAAACCUGUGUCCAUAGAAAUGAGAGACAAAAAUCUGAAGAAACAGAGGAACCAGAGUAGCAAUAACGGAAGGAGAACAGACUCCUUUGUUGGUAAUAUCUCAGUGGGGGCUGAUGUGCUGGACUUUGCCUCCUCAGAAACACAGGGCAACAUGGAGAGAUACUGGCGUGAUAGUGGACGGAAGACGACAGGAAGAAAUUUAAGAGGGUCCGUAUCUAGCACUCUCACUGUCUAGAUAGAUAGAUCAAUCUAAAAAAAAUAAAAUAAAACAAUUUUCUUUGUUUACAUGUUGUCUUGUA